AAUAUAAUAGUUAAUAAAAAUUGACAAAUAUUUAUAAUCAUUGAUUUAUCGAUAGUUCAUCAACUAUAUAUGGCGCGUUUUUGAUCGGAGGCACCGGUUGACCUGAAGUGAUGCUGUGAACGCGCGCUCUAAGCCCUCUAUCUCGAAAACGGUUCACCGUAUGAAAAAAAUUUUUAAACAAAAUUUGUAGAGAAUUUUGUAUUCUACAAUAUUGAUAAUAAAUACCAAUAGCAAAAAACCCAUAGGAAAUGAGAUAUUUACAAAAAAAGCGCAAAAAAGCGCGUACACCCUACCAUAUGUAGGUUUUGAGACAACUUGUAGUGUGUCAAUAUACAAGUAUUUACAGACUUACAGCUGGGUAUCUGAAUUCCGAGGUGAACUUACUAUAAUGACUGGACUAUUAUAUACCUUUGACUUACAGUAUUUCGAGUUCUGCGGCCUAAGUUUGUACGUCUGCUUGGUGGCUUUUUUAAAAACGAAAAUUCAACUGAAAGUAAAAAAUUACUCCCUUAUAUUUUCUGUUCAACCAUGUAUACCAAAUUUUAAUAUUAUGUACUCAUCAAAAGUUACCAAAAAUCGAUAUUAAGCUCUGAACUUACCGUGAUUAACAAACACUUAUUAGCAAAGAAAAAACUUCUUAGUCUUAUUAUAUCGCCAUUAUGACGUUGUCAUUAUAAGCGAGCAGUACAAAAGGAAACAGAGUGGAAUAUGGAUAGAAGACGGUAGUGGCACUGCCGCGACCUGGCUUCGACCAAAUGCGACCUCUGCACCAUAAUAAGCUGCUACUUAAUCUUUAGCGAUAAUAUUCAUGACUUCCAAGCCAAAUUAGACAGCAUAGAAGACACAGCCCGAGAUAUUGGAGGACACUUUAUAAAAGCAUAAUUAAAAAGCUAUUGAAUGGAGAAUGCGAAAUAUUGACUCCAGAGGUAAACGUAUACUUGACAUGGCCGCCAGGCUCGGCGUUAUGGUACUCAACACUGGAGCAGCAACGACAUUUAGGAGACCAGGCUGCGAAGAAACUACACCAGAUAUCACACUAGCGUCAGAGCUCAUAGCAAGCAUAGUAAAGCGCUGGGAGGUUAUGGAGGAUUACACUGGCAGUGACUACCUGUACAUAACCUUCGAAAUAGACCCCCAAAACGCAGUCACCAAGAACAGAUUACACGGUACCACGAGAAACUGGAAUGUAUCUAAACUUAAUAGCGAGGCACUAAUCUCAGAAAUUUAUAAGCAUGACCUCCCAAAAAACGACAUAGGGGACUCAAGAGAAAACUUAAAGAAGACAAUGAGGCUAAUCACCGAAAAAUAUAGUAAAGGAAUGCCUCGGACUCAAUGCAGGAGACAAAAACGCGCUGCAUACUGGUGGACAGAGAACAUUGUUCAGUUAAGAAGAGCGUGCCUUCAAUGCCUUAUUUCCCACACAUAAAACAAGAGCCGAGAAAAUAAGACCGACGGAACCACCCAAUGACGCACCCCUCUUCACCAUCGAAGAGUGGCAAACGACGGCAAAAAAACUUAAACCCAACAAAGUACCCGGACAAGACGGUAUACCAGCACAGGCACUGAAAAUAAUCGCCGAAAGCCGCCCAAACGUAAAUGUUUAAUACCUGUCUCAAAGCCGGCGUAUUCCCAGAAAUUUGGAAAAAACAACAGCUCGUGUUAAUUAGUAAAGGAAAAGGUUAUCCAGAUAGUCGGUAAGUUUCUCGAGAGAAUGCUGAAACCGCGGAUUGAAGAAGCAAUCAUGACGGCAGGCGGCUUAUCACCGAAGCAAUAUGGUUUCAGACCUGGUAAAUCAACACUGGGUGCUAUUGAGAAUGUCGUGAGGAGCGUAGAAGAAGAGCACCGAGGAUGCAAUAAACUCAGAAAAGUUGUUUAACUCGCCACCCUUGACGUUGGUAAAACAUGACUGCAGCAUUAGAGGAAAACUUUGAAAUACCUACAUAUCUAAGCAUAAUAGUGAGGAGCUAUUUGGAAGACAGAGUUUUGCUGUAUAAAACCUCUAAAGGACCACGACACUUGAAGGUCACAUCAGGAGCUGCGCAGGGAUCAAUCCUCAGCCCAGACCUCUAGAACGUCAGUUACGACGACAUAUUAAGCCUCGAUAUGCCCGACGAUACCUGUCUAGUUGGCUACGCAGACGAUAAUCACUGCGAGAGACACCGAAUAUGCGCGCGCGAAGCUAAACCAGGUGAUGAUCAGAGCUCAAAUUUGUCUUGAUGCGAAAGGUCUCAAACUUGCCACUAAAAAAACCGAGCUGGACAUGAAGACAACAACAAAAACAUUAAGGACACAAAAGGUUGUCAACUACCUGGGGGUAAGAAUAGACUAGAAAAACGGAAACUUUUGAUGUCGACAACACUAAAUGUCUUGCUCUACGGAGCAGAGUUAUGGGCAGACACAUUGAGAAAAAAUAAUCGACGCAAAUCCCUCGAAAAAGUGUAUCACACAGCUGUUCCAAGGGUAGCAUCGGCAUAUCGCACGGUCUCGGGCGAAGCUGUAUAUGUAAUAAGCGGAAACACACCCAUCGACUUAUUAGCAUUUGAACGAAAGAAAAUGUGUACGUUGAAGAAACAAGGAACAGAUACUGCCGCUACAAAAGAGGAAAUAAAGAAGGACACCUUGGAACAAUGGCAAGCUCGCUGGGAGCAAGGACGCCACGGCAGAUGAACGGCCAUUAUAAUCCAAAACAUACAAGUAAAAGAAUAGUCUAACAGGAAACAUGGUGAGGUGGAUUUUUACACUACUCAGAUGCUAUCCUUGCAUGGAUAUUUUAGGAAGUUGACCUGCAAGUGGCACAUACCAUUGCUGUGACGACACAAUGACGAUGCGGAAGGCAUUUUUCUCAACCUCCCCCGAAAAAAAAACUUCUUAUGUUAUUAUACAUUAAAAUUAAAUAAUCACUGGCGUGAAAUAAUCAAGUUAUAGCGUGACAAGGGGAAACGGGUUUCAUUUUUAUAUAUGUAGAUAAGGAGUUUGGGGUAAAUCGUGGACCGAUUUCACAUAUUCUCAGAAUUACGCAGUCACAUAUACAAUAUAAUGCUUUCACUUAAUUAUGCUAAGACAUCUGUAACCGAUAUAUACGGUAUAAAUUCAACCGGAAAUUUAAAUUCGUAUAUCACUCUUAAAAUUUCCUUGAAUCUCAUAUGUUGACUAUAAUAAAUAUAUUCGGUAUAAAGUCAACCCGAAGUUCGAAAAUCUUUACAUUCGAUGUACAUAUAUUAGGCUAAUGUAAGUAUUGAAUGAUUUUGCCCUGUUUGGACUCCGUGGCAUACUAUUAUCACUAUUAUAUUUUCAAUAGUGUUGCAAUCUGGUAACUCGCAACAAGAUAAAGUUUGACAUUUUUGAUGUUAUACAUACUCAGAACGUUUUGACAUACGAGCGAUAAUUAUGUUGCUUACAGUAACUUAAAAUAUUCAUCUCGGUCAAAAAAUGUAAUUACAUCGCGAAUAUUUUCGGGCUAUUAUUGUUACAACUUUUGAUACUGAUAUUGAUUGAGACAUCUAUAGGCAUUAGUGGGACAAGAAACAUGUCAUCGUGACAUCGUGACAGGUGAUAAAUCGUGGAUUACGCAUAUGAGUCCGAAAGUAUACAGCGGUCGACUGUAUGGGUGUUUCCAGAUGAGACGAACUCAACGCACUUUCAAGCAAAUGAUUGUCUGUUUUUUUUUUGGAAAAAACUGAACAAGUCGCAGCCACACCACUAGAACAACGUAGAACAGUAAAUUCUGAGUGGUACACAACCAUUUGUUUGUCAGUUGUCUUUCAAGAAAUCAGGGAAACCAACCGCUGAAGACAGCUCUCUCUUAACCUCGUCAAUGUGAGCUCUCACACAUCGUGCAUUCCCGUACACCUGAAGAGGCGGUUGAUGCGUUCAGAACGUAUGUUUCGGAGAUACUGCAAUUAGAGUGGCAAAAGUGCUUAGAAAAUUGGUUAAAACGCAUGCAAAAGUGUGAAGAUCUUAUUGUAGAAUAUUUUGAAAAAAAAUUUUGGGUUAAUUAUAUUUGUUUUUGUUCUCUAAUCACUAAAAAAAGCCAAGCGUCUUAAUAUAUCUAGGUAGGUAGGUUGUAUGUUCUGUAAAGUGAAAGAUUCAUACCAAAAGUUUUAUAUACAUAUGUAUAAAAGUUUGCGCGGUUAUUGUCCGUUUUUGCUUAUUUUCACAACGUAACAUGAUAAUGAUAUAAUAAAGAAGUCGUCGAAGGACUUCCUUUCAACAAGUUUGGUUGAAAUAGAUCUAGUGGUCUGUGCGAUAUGCCCAUCAAACGUAUUACAGAGCGGGGUCAUGCUUACUUUUUAAAAAUGCCCAGCCCACAGAUGGCCUUUUUUCACUGGGAUACCUUGUACCAAAUAACGGUUUUGUAUUUUAAUUCGGAGCUUAGUUAUAGCUCUUUAUAUGUUUUUUACCAGCAUUUUGUGGGCGUGGCAAUGGUCCGAUUCCGCCCAUCUGCAAAACCAACUCCGUUUGGGAACCAAGGAACGCGGCUAAUAAUCAGUAUAACAUAAUUCAUCAAAAUAUUUAAAUUUUUACUCAAGUUAUCGCUUCCACGGAUGGACAGACAGACAUUCACUCGGAACUCAACUCGUUUUGUCAUCCUGAUCAUUUAUAUAUGUAUAAACAGCAGUGAUUAGAGAAACAUUUUUGUGCUCAUGUUGUUGAGACACACUGAACAAUACGGGUAAAAUCAUUGCUUAAACGUUUCACUUCGGUUCACAAAGUCGAACAGGCUGCAUUUUAAUUCGCGUAAUGAAAGAACCCACAACAAUUAAUAAAAAACUACGUCAGUUUCGGAAAAAAAAAGUAAGUGCUGAAAAUCAACCUUUCUCGAUAAGCAUCUACAAAAAUAUUGUAAAUAAAGAGUCAAACUGGCAAAGAAAGCAACGUUUAAAAAUUAAAAAUAAACUGAAGCAUUCAGCUCAAAAAACUCGAGACAUUUUCAACAAUCGCAAAAGUUAUCAGGCUUUAAUUAGGAGUCAAACAAAGUCAUUGUCAACAAGAAACCUAAAACACAAUAAUUUAAAUGAAUCAAAUGAAGAUACAGUGGAAUGGAACGUACCGUUCGUAGCACCGAGAAGGGCCUCAAAUGAGAUAGUAGAGCUUGAUAACAGAGCUAGUCAUAUUUCAGCUCUCAUUCAACUAGAAUGCAAUCAAGAAGAAAAAUCAAUUGAAAUUGUUUCAGAUAAGAAGCUAAUAGCCUUUGAUGGUUUAUCGCGAGGCGAAGACUUAAGAAAUAACAAUGAAAUUGCCAAAACUAAACACAAACCUAAGAAUAUAAAUUUCAGUGUACAAAACUGUAUAUGCUGUAAUAGUGAUGCUUGCAUGCGCAUAGCCAAAAGAUCCGCAGAUUUUGACGUACGCAAUAAACAAAGUUCUUUUGACUUGCCAAGCUCAAAGAAAAUAUAUCACCAUGAUCAUCACCAGACCUUUCUAAGGAACAAGACUCAACUUUUAAGGGAAACGCUUUCCACUAUGCAACUACAACACCAUUUGAGCGUACAACAACAAGAACUGAUACAACAGCUACAAUUAGUACAACGACAAUAUCUGAUUCACCAAGGCUUUGUCAAACCUUUACAAUUGGACUUUCAACCUCAGCUAAAUAAGUCAUCGUCACCUUGUAGUAAUUUGUUCAGUCAUGAGCACCAGCAAUUACGCUUGCAACAUCAGGCUUCGAAUACAUUAACCAAAUGUAAUGAAACGUAUUAUGAAACAAAUUAUUUAUUGCAACAGCAUCAGCAGCAACAACAAAUAUAUAUGUCGCACGAAGCUAAUUUGACAAAACCACUUAAUGAAUAUCGGCUACGACAAAGCCAACAACAAAUUGACGACGAGGAUACAACGAACGAAAACAAGAAUACUCAAUUGAACAUCAGUAAUAACAACAACAUAAACCACAAUGCCGUACUAGAUGUUUGCGAAAACAAGCAAUUUAUUAAGAUUAUUAAUACAUCUUUACAGGAGAAGCAGAAAACCAAUGAAGAGCAUACAGUAAGGAACCCAACAUAUAGGGAGAGCAAUGAUAGUAGUUUGUGUGGUGACUUUAAGCCUUCAAUUCUGCAUUGCAUGGAAGGAGACGAACCAUUAUUACUGCAGCCAACUACACAUUGUUCUUCUUCUACACAUAUUUGUAGUGCUGCUACUAGUUGUAAUAGUUUUAAGCAUUAUCUACGUAGUACUAGAACCGACGAUGAUGGCAACAACAACAAUCAUAAAAAAAUCUUCCAUAAUCAUAUACGCAUUGCGCGGCAGCAACCUGACAAAGAGCAACACGAAAACACUAUGAAUAUUAUAUCAGGAAACGAAAACGGCAAUUAUAGUUCUCGGCACACUAGCAACGUUUUUACAGAGGAUGUGUCAAUGCCACUUGAAUCUGAAGAUGAUAUAAAUUUCGUGUCCCGCAUACAUUCUCGCAAGAAUGACAAAAUUUACAGCAGUACACAAGCUCAACAAAAUACAUUUAUCUUACAUUCCCAGCAAAUGCAUCGUAGUACACAAUGUAUGCAGUCCUCGUCGCCGUCUUCAUCUAUUGAUGAACACAACAAUGGCAAUGAAAGCCAAAAUUCGGCUGCUAAUGAAAUGGAUGAGUUCACAACUUGGGCGAAUCCCGUGGACCAAGUCAACAAUAUAACUGAUGAUAUACAUGGUGAUUUUAUUCAAAUCCAGUGCUCAUUGUCAUAUAUGCAUUACCAACAGCGCGGCGCUAGUGCAAGAAGUCGAAGUAGAUGUAGCAGCAAUAGCAAUCAAAAUAGCAGUACUGACAAUGGCAGUGAAAACCGUGAUAAUAUCAAACGGCAUACUUAUCCCAGUGAUAGUGCUGGCACGCAAAUGGACGACGGCGCAGCAGUAGCGGCUAAGUCACCUAUGCCGCAAAACCAUAGGUCGCAGUCAGGGCACAAACUGGAAACAACACAGGUAUCUACCAUAUGCCAUAUGGUUGAUUCAACAGUGCACAACGCCACGUCGUCGUUAUUACGGCUGAAUCAAAAAAUUCAGGAACAGUCGCAGCAACAAGAACAUGUAGCACAAAAGGUAGCAGCGCUUGACCCUUUGCUAACACUGCCGCCGCCACCACUAAUAUUGUCGCCAAUAACGACUCUGUCGCCUACAGUGGCUCCAUCAAAGGGCAUAUCAUCGACUAUGCAUGCAGCAGCAGCAGUAGCAGCAGCUGCAUCGCAUACACAAGCGCCACAUCAUAAUGCAGCAGCAGCCGUAGCAGUAGCAGCUGCAGCGGCAGCUGCCGUAGCGGCAGCAAACAGUAGCUGCAUAAGUGGUGCACCGAUGACGCCAAAUUUUGGUGGCCUGUUGGAUGCAGUAAGUGGCAGCAGUGGCGGCAGCAACGAUACUCAUUGCAUCAACUAUAAUGGCACAAACGCCACAACGGCAAGCCAUGCCACAAACGCCAAUAGCAACAAAAACACUUAUAGCCCAAAGAAGUACUACCACCCGCUAUAUGCGCACGGAAUAUGCCGUUGGCCGGGCUGUGAGCUAACGCUUAAUGACUUCGUCGCCUUCGUAAAGUAAGUGAAAGCUUAAAAGUAAUACUGCAGUUACUCGUAAAAACAUCAUACUUUAAAAUAGUUUGAAGAAUGUACACAUACAAUUGUAUAUAUAAUAUAAUGCAUGCUGAUAUAUGGGCAGUGGUUGUAAAGCCAUUGAGAUUUACAAUAUGCUUUGCAUAUGUUGUAAAUUACAGGAACAAUCUAAAACUAAUAAUCACAAAUAUUUCCGAAAUUCGAAUACAACUUCAUAAAAACUAAAACCCUGAGAAGUAUUUUAUAAUUUGUUUCAGUUUCUAUACAUACUUAGUCCCCCUAAAGUGUCACUCAUAAAAUGCACACCAGAAGUAGGUAGACGUAUACGUUCUCUCGUUCUGUUAACUGUAUUCUUUUUACGUUAAGGUUGAGUGGUAAUUAGAUAAGUUACUCAGAGGUGUUAAAAAUUUUUCGAACAUCGAAAAACAUAGUGGAGAACUCAGAUAGAUGCAUUCGGUAUCUAUAAUCGAUAAAUCAGGAGUUUCGUUAAAGUCAUAUGUUAAAUGUUGAUACACUGGAGACAUAUUGAACAAAGUGUAUUAGUUAUUAUCUAACUUUCUUUUGUAACACCUAAAACAUAUGACGAUUAUAGACGAGACAAAUUGAUUACCGUCUGUCUGUUAUUCCGUUAGCGCACUUCAGCGCGGUAAUUGUAUAAAGCAGAAAAAGCGUUAACCUCGGUUGCACCGAAGCUAAAAUAGUCCUCACAGAUGCAUUUCUUAUGGCAUUAAAGGGUAUAAAAAGGUAUUUUUCUUGAUUUUAACUAGGUCAGUUUGUAAGGCAUGCUUGUAUACUAUAGUUGCUGGACAAUUUCUCGCAGAUUGUAGCGUUGCCUUGGGCAAUAACCCAUGCCGAAUUUCGUGAGCAUGAUUUUGAUCGUUCAGUUUGUCUGAAGAAUUUGUUCGCAAAUUGUAACGUCGCCUUUGUCAAUAAUCGAUGUCGAAUUUCGUUAAGAAAUCUUGUUAAAUAAAAAAGAUUUCCAUUCAAGGGCAUGAUUUUAAUCGUUCAGUUUGUACGGCAGCUAUAUGCUAUAGUGAUUCGAUUACGGCUGUUCCAACUAAUAAGCAUCUUCUUGGGGAGAAAAAAACGUGUGUGAGAUUUCAGAUCGGUAUCUCAAAAACUCAAAGACUAGUUUACGUAUAUACAGACAGACAGACGAACAUGGCUAUGUUGAAUCGACUCAGCUCGUCACGCUAAUCAAUUAGUUAUAUGUAUAUACUUUAAAGAGUCUCCGACGUUUCCUUCUGAGUGUUACAUAUUUCGUGGCAAACUGUUCAGGGAAAACGGUAAAGAAUAUUAAAAACCACAAUAAAAGUAACACAGCAGGCUUACGUGUGCUUCAGGUCAGAAUUAGACAAAGGGCGUGGUUUAAAAGAUCCUAGCACUCUAAUUACUUUACUUAACCUUGAUUCAACCAAAUUCGAAUUUUAAUAUUCUUCUUCUCAUUCUACCCCUUUUCACAGCAAGGUGAAGCACA